GAGACAGAGGAUAAAUACCUAGUUGAAUCAGAGUUCAGGGACAGAAAAAGGAAUUAAGGCACACUGUGGACAGUGGAGUGACUGACGAGAAUUUUAAAAAGAGUAACUUUAUCGACAGUGGACGAUGAAGACACUGCUGUUGCUGUAUCUGUGUGUGUACGCUCUGUCUGCUGAGGAUCCUGAUAAUCUGGAAUAUGACGACUAUGACUCGGACAAGGGCUCAUCUGCAAAUAAUGGGACAGCGCAACCAGACACUGUGGAUGCUCGUGGUCACCGUCCACUAAUAAAGGGCAGGGAGACCUACAACCCUAGCCGCAAUGCCCCGCCCCCUGUCAGCGGUGGCAGCAGGUAUCGCGGCCGCCCCACCCCUGCUCCAGUCAGAGGACCACAGUCGCAGGAGAAGGAGGAGCAGCCUGAAGCUGGAGGAUGCACACACGCCUCAGAGGAGAUGGGUGUUUUGUGUCCCACUGGCUGCGAGCUGAAAACUACACUGCUGAAGCAAGAGAAGAACAUCAAGAUGAGCAUAAAUCAACUCAAGCCUCAGGUGGAUGAUUUGUCACGAUCCUCCAACAACGUCUACAACUACGUCAACAGCAUUUCCAACUCUCUGAGGGAGAGGCAGAGAGUCGUCACUGACAACAGCAGGGUGGUCAGUCAGUACACUGAUCAAGUGGAGGAACAACAUAACUACAUCAAGGAGACGGUGGACACUGUUUUCCCUUCCAACAUCAGAGUGCUACAGGGGAUCCUGGACAAGAUCAGGUUGAAGAUCCAGAAGCUGGAGAAGGCCAUCCAGGCCCAGAGGGAGGAGUGCAAGGAACCGUGCCAGACCAAAUGUCCCAUACCAGUGGUGUCUGGUAAGGAGUGUGAGGACAUCUUCCGUCGAGGAGGAACAGACUCCCAGAUGUACCUGAUCCAGCCCGACGCCUUGUACCCUCCAUACAAGGUCUUCUGUGAUCAGACCACCCAGAACGGAGGAUGGCUUCUCAUCCAGAACAGGCUUGAUGGCAGUGUCGACUUUGGCCGACGCUGGGACGAAUAUCGACGUGGUUUUGGCAACAUCGCAUUCAAAGCUAGCAAGGGUCACUGUGAGAUUCCCGGUGAAUAUUGGCUGGGCAAUGACCGCAUUAGUCAGAUAACCAAGAUAGGCCCCACUGAGGUUCUCAUUGAGAUGCAGGACUGGACAGGAGCCAAGGUCCAUGCCCAGUACAGCCAGUUCACCAUCCAAUCAGAGACGUCCAACUACGUGCUGGCGGUCAACGGUUACUCCGGUAACGCUGGUAAUGGUCUCCUGGAAGGAUCCUUAGAACUCUUUGGUGUAAACCGCACCAUGACCAUUCACAAUGGCAUGAUGUUCAGCACCUACGACAGAGACAACGACAACUGGACCCCUGGCGAUCCCGCCAAACAGUGCUCGAGGGAGGACGGAGGCGGCUGGUGGUACAACCGCUGCCACUCAGCCAAUCCCAACGGGCGAUACUACAUGGGCGGAGCCUACACAAAGCAAAUGGCCAAGCACGGCACAGACGAUGGCGUGGUGUGGAUGAAUUGGAAGGGGAGCUGGUAUUCGCUCAAGGCCAUCAGCAUGAAGAUCAGGCCUUACUUUCCCCCCUCAUAAUCAUGUCAGAGAGUGUCAACACACGCACAUAUAACACAUAGAGGAAACCGCCAAAAUAAAAGACACCAAAGUACAGUGUCCCAACAGGGUUUGGGGCCAAACUGAACCACCAGAACAGCUUCAAAGCUCAUUGUAACGUUCAACUAAUAUUGAAGUGUUUCCUUUAUUUUAGCUGUAACCUUUAUGUUAAAGGUUGAUGUACACACACAUUCACAACUAACACUGAGUCUGGGCGUGUGCUGUGAAAAUGAAAAAGAACUGAAGAAGAUGAAAUCUGUUUCAAAAGAAUAAAGCUCAUUAAACUUACAAAAAAACUAAAAUAAAGAGAAAUAAGAAAUGGUUUAAUGUCAGAUGAACUGUCAUAUCUACAGAUAAAGAGAAAAAUCUUACUGGUUGUGAGUGUGCUGUGAUCUGUCCUUCCUUGUUAUAUGAGACGUCUUCAGUGUGCACUUCUAGGACGAGUUGAUGCCAACUGUCCUCCACUACUCAAUAAACACUUUGAGGAACAUA